AUGCUUAAGCAAGAGCAACUAAACCGACGGUCAAGGAAAGCCACUUCUUGGUGCCAGCCGCCGAGUCUCCAGGCCGCGCCGUCCCUGGCGCCACAAGGGCCGUUUGAAGAUAUGACCAGUCACAACAUUGGGCACAACUAUGACCACGGUGUACACUCGCUCUACAUGACUCCCGAUGGACUACAACUCUCGCCCGAAGACAUCCAAUGGGCCACGGACAAAGGCGUUGCACCAAAAAUCCUAAUCAAUGGUGUCACAUGUUCAUCUCUAUUCCACGACCCUCAUGGCCUGUAUCACAAACUGCUUGGACACGAUGGUUUCGAUCCACACUGGCCAGAUCGUCAUUCACUCCCAUCCAAAGGCUUGAGAAGCACCGCCAGUCUCGAUGCUCCAUCCUCGACAGGCUCAACUCUUUCUCCCGUCCAAACAGAACAGGGUGAAGCGUUGAUCGGUCCACGUUCGCCCUGCCCAAGUCACCUGGGCAGAGAGAGUAGCAAAGAAGAUGCAGACGAGCAUACCAGGGAUAAUGUAGAAUCUGGGCUUAUCAACUACAAAAAGCUGAUUUGCCUAGCACCUCACUGCCAUCUUUCGUUCGCGUCUGGUACGGAUCUUCAAACGCAUAUUCAAGCUGUGCACACUCAUACAUGCAGUUGGGCUGGAUGCCCGCAGCCAAAUUUCGCCACCCGGAAAGAACUUGCUUGGCACGUUAAAGUUGAGCACUUACUCGUGUGCCCAGUGUUGGAGUGUUCCGACCAACCGUUCCAGAGCAGGCGUGAGUUGUUGUCCCAUAUUGCCGAAGAACAUCCAGAUUCUGGGAAGGACGCUGUCAAGGAAUGGGAACUGCCGUCGUACGCCACAGACAACAGAGAGACAAGCCCGAAAUUUAAUCACAAUAUCGAGUCGACGCCAACAAAGUCAACUAUAAAUGUUGACUCAGAAACCAAGGCAGCUGUGAAGGAUGUCAUGGUGGCGAGGGCCAAGAAGAAAUACCAAGACCGGCUUUGGACCAUCAUCGAAAAGAAAGCCCGAAAGAAUGCCGGUACGUUCAAAAUGACUUCCUUGUGCCCUCUGAAUUCGCCAUACGAUGCUUGA